GUCAUGUUUCUGCGUCAAUUUUUUUUAAAUAUAUAUAAUAGAAGCAAUAUGUUAUCAAUUUUUCUUUUUUUCUUGUAAAUAAGUAAAUAAAUAAAUAUUUAUUUAUUUUAUUUUAUUUUAUUUUAUUUCUAGAAAAUCAAAAUGAGACCUCUCACUGAUAUUUAUAAAUGCAAUAAGGGUUCUUCACCAAAUUUUAGAGCAGAUCUCAAAGCUGCGUUUGGUGAGUUUAUUGGUAUGACUAUCUUUCUUUUCUUAGCAUUAUCUGGUGUGCAAGGUGAUUUGGAAGCACCUAGCUUUCAAAAAGUUGGUACAGCAAUGGGUCCUACAGCAACUCAAAUUCAGAGUAUUGCAUUCAGUUUUGGUGUCGGUAUUACAGUUGCUUUAUUCAUUUGUGGUCAUAUUUCUGGUGGUAUCUUGAAUCCUGCAGUUUUAUUGAGUCUUAUGCUAAUUGGUAAUAUCAACUGGCUUCGAGGUUGUUUAUAUUUUAUUGCUGAAAUCGCUGGAGGUAUCCUUGGUGCUUACUUUAGCAACUUUGUUACUGCUCAUGAAUUACAAGGUGUUAACUUAUUAAAUCCUGGAUUUAACUAUGCACAAGGCUUUUUCGCUGAGUGUCUUUUAACUUGUGUCCUUUGUUUGACUGUAUUGUUUAUUAUUGUUGAUAAACAGAUGUUAGCUAAUUUUGCGCCAUUUGUUGUUGGUCUGGCGAUCUUUAUAUGCCAUAUUAUUGGUUCUCCUAUUGAUGGUACUUCAGUUAACCCUGCUCGUUCUUUCGCUGCUUCUGUUGUUACUGGCAAGUGGGCAAAUCACUGGAUUUUUUGGUUUGGUCCCUUAAUCGGUGGUAUAUUUGCUGCAAUUAUUUACUUGUUUACUAAGAGUAUAACUGAAUCAUCGCAACAAGAAGAAUUAGUUCAAAAUUCUCGAAAUACCGUAGGCGUAGAUAAUGACAAAAAUAUCAACAAUACUGUUACUAAUGCUUGAUAACAUAAUUAAUGCUUAUUUUCCCUAAAUUUAACUACAGCUGGUACUUUACAUUUUUUUUUAUAAAUAUAAUUUAUGAAAGCUAUCUUAUGCAAU